GAUUGUCCUGGGGGACGCGUGAUGGAUUCAGCUCCUCAGCAAAGCGCCGCCUGAUCUCCAGCCUGCGUCCCAUCUAAAGACCGCGGGCCCGGAGUGCGGAGCUCAGCGAGCGCCAGCCGGCUCCCCCCACGCCCGCCGCCGGCGCAGGGAGCUGUCCAGUGCUGAUCCCCUCGGAGCGCAGGAGAGAAGCCCCCCAGCUCGCACCAUGCCCCGCUCCUUCCUGGUCAAGAAGAUCAAAGCAGACGCUCUCCAGCCCUGCGAGGUCCCGGCUCCCCGCUACCACCCCCUGGAAGCUGCUUAUGUGCUGGCCGGGUCCCGGGUGGGCAGCGGCCCCGGGGCCGAGGACGGGUAUAGCCAACAUUGCCUCACGCCCUCCGACUAUGAGCCUGACAAGAAACAAAGGUUUCAGCUGGUGUCUGCAGACCCGGUCUACGCCCCAGCUCACGAGGAGUACAGCGAUCCCGAGAGUCCCCAAUCGAGCCUCUCUGCCCGCUACUUCAAUGGCGAAGCUGCAGUCACAGACAGCUACUCCAUGGAUGCUUUCUUCAUCACUGACGGCCGCUCCAGGCGACGCAGCGAGAGCCAGCGGCGUGGGAGCCACCGCCACUCGUGUAAUGAGUGCGGCAAGACCUACGCCACCUCCUCCAACCUCAGCCGGCACAAGCAGACCCACCGCAGCCUGGACAGCAAGAUGGCCAGGAAGUGCCCCACCUGCGGCAAGGCCUACGUCUCCAUGCCUGCCCUAGCCAUGCACAUCCUGACCCACAACCUGAAACACAAGUGCGACGUGUGCGGCAAGGCCUUCAGCCGGCCCUGGCUGCUGCAGGGCCACAUGCGCUCGCACACGGGCGAGAAGCCCUUCGGCUGCUCCCACUGCGGCAAGGCCUUCGCCGACCGCUCCAACCUGCGGGCCCACAUGCAGACCCACUCGGCCUUCAAGCACUACAAGUGCAAGCAGUGCGAGAAGACCUUCGCCCUCAAGUCGUACCUCAACAAGCACUACGAGUCGGCCUGCUUCAAGGGCUCCGAACGCAGCUGUGCAAUAGAGAACUGAGCCCUGUCCCCCGGGGAGGGGAGAGGAAAGGCCGGGGCAGACGAGAAGCCACCGACAUCUGGCAGGAAGGGGGUCCCCUCUCCGCCGCUCUCCCACCAGCGGAAUCAGGGCUACUCGGAGCGCGAGAGGCAGCAGGGACUUCUGCAGCUCGGGCCAGCCGUGUUUGCUGGAAGGAUGUGUUUUCCCAGGAAGGACUUGCUUCCCGCCAUGGGGAGGGCAUGUGGGGCUGGGGGGUCCCAGGAAUUUUCCUUCGCUGACCAGGUGACGUUUCUGGACGGGAAUCUCAAAUGGUGCCAACCGCCGGUUCCACAGCUCGCCCGUUUCUCACCCUCCAACCCUCAUCCCCCCGCUCCCAUCUCUUCCCCUCGCGGCUGGCGGAAACAACAGCUCCUGGCUGGCCGGGGGAAUCGGGGCAGGACUGUCUCUGGAGCUGCUUUGCGGGCGAGUCGAAGUUCCUCCCCGUGGGAUUCGCUCCUAGCUCCUUUUCAGGCCAAGGGACCUCGGGAAGCUCCUCGUGUAUUUAUUUAAUUUAUUGCUGUAUUUAUUUAGUGCUGCUUCUUCUCCCUGCCGGAAUCGACUGGGGAGAAACGAAACUUGUCGUCUUCUCCCUCAGGAGCUAAACUCACUGGGUUCAAAAUGCAUCAGCUGUGAAAUUGUAAAAGUAUUGACAAGGGAACAAGGCAGGCGAGGGGGUCAGCCAGGACA